CCCGCUUCGCUUUCCCCGCCCGCGAGAUUGGCGACAUGGCCACGCUCCUGGGCUGCGUGCUCGACAUCCCCGCUGAGAUUACGGCCGCCACGCUGGUGGCGCUUGGCACCAGUUUGCCGGACACGUUUGCCUCCCUGAUCGCCGCACAGGAGCUACCCACGGCCGACGACGCCAUCGGCAACAUCACGGGCAGCAACUCCGUCAAUGUGUUUCUCGGGCUGGGCAUCCCAUGGACGAUCGGCGCCUUCUACUGGGAGGCGCAGGGCGUGGCAUUCACAGUGCCCGCGGGGUCGCUCAGUUUUAGCGUCUUGGUUUUCACGAUCGGCGCGCUGUGCUGCGUGAUGCUGUUGGUGUUCAGGCGGCGGGCCUACUCCGGGGAGCUCGGGGGGCCGAAGUCGGCCGCCAACCGCGACGCGGCGCUGCUCGUGGCCUUGUGGGUCGCUUACAUCGCAAUGGUCAUUCUCAAAUCUCUGAACAUGAUCUGA